GAUGGAGAGCUGCUAGAAGUGCCUCAGCCUCCGCAGCAGCAGCGGCCGCUCUCCCUCGUCGCUCCGGUGGAUGUUGGAUGUACCAUGAGGUCUUCGCGGCUCUGGGCAGCUCUGUGCCUCCUCCUCACGGCCUCCUGCCGUCUCUGCGCGGCCGGCCGACAUGGUUGUUUGUUUGAAAAGAAUCUCUGUCCGAGAGAUCAGCUGUGCAACGAUGACGGUUUGUUCGGACAGUGCCAGGCUCCUCGCCAGGAGCCCGUCCAGUACCAGGUGUCUGUCCCCGUCCUGCACAGACUGCAGGAAGUCCUCAAAGACCUGAUGGUGCAAGGUCUGACCUGGAAAGACGAUGUCACCCAGGCAAUCAUCGGCCAAGAGUUGAGCCGCGUCCCCACGGUCGGCUCCAAACCUCAUGAGAAGUCACCAAACCAGUUGUCCAGACUGUCGGGUCCCAGUCAGCGGAGGUUUCAGGGCCCCAAGGAUCCAGCUGACCCCGAGAUGAUGCAGCAGUACGGACAGGACUACAUGAUCCUGGACCCGUCCCGGUCCGCAGUCCACAUGCAGACGCCCCUGCUGGACCCUUACACCUACAACCAGCAGCAGUACGGCUACCAGGAGGAGGAGGAGCGCUCGCUCAACUCUCUGGACGAUAACCCAGCCUUCCCGCUGCUCGCCGCGCCUGCUCGCUCCAGGUCCCGAGGAAACCCUUUGGACAGAGACAGACAGCUCCUCCAGGACCUGCUGUCCUUUUACCUCACCUCCCCUUCGUCUUCCUCUUCUUCCUCCUCUUCCUCUUCCUCCCCUGUGCAGUCCCUGUCCCGCCACAGAGGGGCGGUAGCAGCCGCAGCAGCUGCAGGAUUUCCCUCUUCGCUGUCCGCCUCGUCCUCCUCUUUCUUCCCGGAGCUGGACUUCCCGCUUGACUACGGCGAGAACUACGUUUCCCAGGUGGCUCGGCUCAGCAAGCAGCAACAGGAGCAGCAGGAGCAGGAGCAGCUGGCUCUGCUGCUGGAUCACUACGGCCUGGAUGUUAAGGACUUGUCCCCCGAGCAGAAAGACGACCUGCCGGCCGCCGUCAAGCAGCUGCAGCUGGACAGCUCCUACGGCCACAAACUGACCAAAGAGGAAUAUGGGAAGAAUGCUGCCACAGGAAAGAAGGUCAUAGAGGGUUCAAUGGCGUAUAAGACUAUGGCCCCCGAGGCUCCGCCCUCCACCAAUAAGCCCCCCAAACCUGGAGGAGCCCAGAAAGACUCGACCCCCGCUGUCACAGUCCACCGGGACAAUCCGAGGAAAGGUGAAGUGGCGGCCCAGGCCGAGAAGUACGGCUACAUCGUCACCAAUCAGAGCCCCCUUGUACUGAACGACGGUGUGCGAGUGCUGCAGCUGCUGUCAGAGAGGAUUGGCCUCUCCACCGGCUCCUUCAUCAACAUUAGCGUUGUGGGACCUGCGAUCACCUUCAGGAUCAGACCCAACUCCAAGAACCUGACGGCUGCAGAUGUGGCAGAGAAAGCCAUUGCAGAGAAGAACUUCCUGGAGUCUGAGACGGGCCUGAAGGUGCUGCAGAGCGGUGUGGGAGAGAGGAAUGAUGGGAAGUCGAUGCCCCUGGCGACCCGCCUCCAGCCGAGCGGCUCCCGCGCGGUCUUCGCCACGCUGGUGGCCAUGGCCUGCAUCGGCAGCAUCCUGGUGGCAGCCAUGACCGUCGCCUGCCUGCGACACCACGCCCACCGUCUGGCAGUCAAGAAGCUGGGUCUGGGACCAGAGGGGGGCACUUUCAACCACCAGGAGUACCAGGACCUGUGUCGCCAGCACAUGGCGUCCAAAGGCGCCUUUGGGCGUCUGGAAGCAGCUGCCCUCGGCGCCGUGGGAGGAGCGAGCGGAGGAGGAGGAGGUGCGGGAGCAGGAGGAGGUGCUGGCGCAGGAGUUGGAGGAGCAGCAGGAGGCGGGGGAGCCGACUCGAGGGUGAGCAGCGUGUCGUCCCAGUUCAGCGACGGAGCCCAGCCCAGUCCCAGCUCCCACAGCAGCACGCCGUCGUGGUGCGAGGAGCCGGCCCAGGCCAACAUGGACAUCUCCACCGGACACAUGAUACUGGCCUACAUGGAGGACCACCUGAGGAACAAGGACCGCCUGAUGAAGGAGUGGGAGGCUCUGUGCUCCUACCAGGCCGAGCCCAGCACCGUCUCUGUGGCUCAGAGCGACGCCAACGCCAAGAAGAACCGCUGCCCUGACUCUGUCCCCUAUGACCACUCGAGGGUGAAGCUGAAAGCGGAGGUCAACCCUUCACGCUCCGACUACAUCAACGCCAGCACCAUAAUUGAGCACGACCCCCGGAUGCCGGCCUACAUCGCCACCCAAGGGCCCCUGUCACACACCAUCUCCGACUUCUGGCAGAUGGUGUGGGAGAACGGCUGCACCGUGAUUGUGAUGAUGACCGCUCUGGUGGAGGACGGAGAGAAGCAGUGCGACCGCUACUGGCCCGACGAGGGGUCGUCCCUCUACCACAUCUAUGAGGUGAACCUGGUGUCGGAGCACAUCUGGUGUAACGACUUCCUGGUGCGAAGCUUCUACCUGAAGAACGUGCAGACGCAGGAGACCCGGACACUCACCCAGUUCCACUUCCUCAGCUGGCCGGCGCAGGGCAUCCCCACCUCCACACGCCCGCUGCUGGACUUCCGCAGGAAGGUGAAUAAGUGCUACCGAGGCCGCUCCUGCCCCAUCAUCGUGCACUGCAGUGACGGUACCGGCCGCUCUGGCACUUACAUCCUGAUCGACAUGGUCCUCAACCGUAUGGCUAAAGGGGUGAAAGAGAUCGACAUCGCUGCGACGCUGGAGCACGUCCGAGACCAGCGGCCCGGGAUGGUCCGCACCAAGGACCAGUUUGAGUUUGCCCUGACAGCCGUUGCUGAGGAGGUCAACGCCAUCCUCAAAGCUCUGCCCCAGUGAAAGCAGUCCUGGC